GGGCGGCUGCUGGCGGCUGCUGCCCAGGGCAGGGCGAUGGAGCCAGAGCUGUUUGAGAGCCCGCUGCUGGAAUCAGAAGAGGAACAUCUCCUGCUGGACCCAGGAAACGUGUUGAAGCUGUACUGUGAUGCCAACCAGAGCGGUGCCAGUGUGGUCUGGUACAAGGACUCCCGGCCGCUCGUCCCGAGGGGUCGUAUCCGUCUCUGGCAGAGCCUGCUGGAGAUCUCAGGGGUUGCCUACGAGGAUUCAGGGCUCUACGUGUGCCGGGCACAGGGGACUGGGGAGAUCCUGCGCAACUUCACCAUAUCUGUUGUGGACUCACUGGCGUCGGGUGAUGACGAUGAAGACAGUGAUGGGGACAGUCCCCACAGAGACCAAAAUGAGGAUCCUGUCUAUGUGCACAGAGCUCCCUACUGGACUCACCCACACCGGAUGGACAAGAAGCUAUAUGCAGUCCCCGCGGGGAACACGGUGAGGUUUCCCUGCCCAGCCUCAGGCAGCCCCAGCCCCAGCAUUCGCUGGUUCAAGAACGGGCGCGAGUUCCGGGGGGAGCACCGCAUUGGGGGCAUCCGACUCCGGCACCAGCACUGGAGCCUGGUGAUGGAGAGCGUGGUGCCCUCCGACCGUGGCAACUACACCUGCCUGGUGGAGAACAGGUUUGGCAGCAUCCACUACAGCUACCUCCUGGAUGUACUGGAGAGGUCCCCGCACAGGCCCAUCUUGCAGGCUGGGCUGCCCGCCAACACCACAGCCCUGGUGGGCAGUGAUGUGGAGUUUUUCUGCAAGGUCUACAGCGAUGCCCAGCCCCACAUCCAGUGGCUGAAGCACAUUGAGGUGAACGGCAGCAGCUAUGGUCCUGAUGGAGUCCCCUAUGUGCAAGUGCUCAAGACUGCAGAUAUCAACAGUUCUGAGGUGGAGGUGCUGUACCUGCGCAACAUCUCCAUGGAGGAUGCUGGCGAGUACACCUGCUUGGCAGGGAACUCCAUCGGCCUCUCCUACCAGUCUGCCUGGCUCACUGUGCUGCCAGAGGAGGAGCUGGUGCGGGAAGCUGAAGCCCCCGAGGCCAAGUACACAGACAUCAUCAUCUACACCUCGGGGUCAUUGGCCGUGGCCAUGGCUGCCAUCAUUGUGGUGCUGUGCCGGAUGCAGACUCAGUCAAGCAAGCAGCCUCUGGAGCCCAUAGCAGUCCACAAGCUUUCCAAAUUCCCACUGAUCCGACAGUUCUCCCUGGACUCCAGCUCCUCCAGGAAAUCCAGCACAUCCCUGAUGCGCAUCACUCGUCUCUCCUCCAGCUGUGCCCCGAUGCUGGCAGGGGUCAUGGAGCUGGACCUGCCGCUCGAUGCCAAGUGGGAGUUCCCCCGAGACAAGCUGGUGCUGGGCAAACCCCUGGGAGAAGGCUGCUUUGGCCAGGUGGUGCGGGCAGAGGCUUAUGGCAUAGACAGAGACCGUCCAGACAGAGCAGUCACCGUGGCUGUGAAAAUGUUGAAAGAUAAUGCCACAGACAAGGACCUGGCUGAUCUCAUAUCCGAGAUGGAGAUGAUGAAGCUCAUGGAUAAGCACAAGAACAUCAUCAACCUCCUGGGAGUCUGCACACAGGAUGGGCCACUUUACGUGAUUGUGGAGUUUGCUGCAAAGGGCAACCUGCGAGAGUACCUGCGCGCCCGCCGCCCCCCAACACCUGACUACGCUUUUGAUGUCACGGCGAUGCCCGAGGAGCAGCUCUCUUUCAAGGACCUGAUCUCCUGUGUCUACCAGGUGGCACGUGGCAUGGAGUACCUGGAGUCUAAACGGUGCAUCCACCGGGACCUGGCUGCCCGCAACGUGCUGGUCACGGCAGAGAGCGUGAUGAAGAUCGCUGAUUUUGGCUUGGCCAGGGAUGUCCAUGACAUUGACUACUACAAGAAAACCAGCAAUGGCCGCCUGCCAGUGAAGUGGAUGGCACCAGAGGCCCUGUUUGACCGGGUCUACACCCACCAGAGCGAUGUGUGGUCCUUCGGGAUCCUGAUGUGGGAGAUCUUCACGCUGGGAGGCUCCCCCUACCCUGGCAUCCCUGUGGAGGAGCUCUUCAAGCUGCUGAAGGAGGGACACCGCAUGGACCGGCCGUCCAACUGCACCCACGAGCUGUACAUGCUGAUGCGGGAGUGCUGGCAUGCUGUGCCCUCACAGCGUCCCACCUUCAAGCAGCUUGUGGAGGGUCUGGACAAGAUCCUGGCAGCAGUUUCAGAGGAGUACCUGGACCUCUCCAUGCCCUUUGAGCAGUACUCGCCCUCCUGUGAGGACACCGCCAGCUCCUCGUGA